AUGAUUUCAUCGAAAGCUCGCAUAGCUACUCGGCGGAUAGCAUCCUCCGUCUGUGUUGCGCGGACACAUUCAGCAAGACUGAUCGUCCCUCAAGCAAGACUCGCCUCGCCAUCGAUCAAUGUUUUCCGGCCGUUGAUCGCUCUGAGGCACUACGCCAAUGGGCGACCGCAUCCUCCGGGCGGUACACAUCGUAUGAAUCUUGGGGGUGAACCUGAAAAGCCCGCCCUUGAAGAGUUCGGUGUAGAUCUCACACAACGUGCACGAGAUGGAAAGUUAGACCCCGUCAUCGGCAGAGAUUCUGAGAUUCAGCGCACGAUACAAGUCCUUUCACGGCGCACGAAGAAUAACCCUGUGCUCAUUGGCCAGGCUGGUACUGGCAAGACCGCUAUUCUCGAAGGUCUAGCGCAGCGGAUCGUUCGAGGUGAUGUUCCGGACUCGAUCAAAGAUAAGCGUGUCAUUUCGCUAGAUCUUGGAUCGUUGAUUGCAGGAGCCAAGUUUAGAGGUGAUUUCGAGGAACGUUUGAAAAGGGUUUUGAAAGAGGUUGAAGAUGCGAAAGGAGGCGUAAUUCUCUUUGUGGACGAGCUUCAUACACUGCUUGGGCUGGGCAAGGCCGAGGGCAGCAUUGAUGCAAGUAACCUUCUCAAGCCUGCUCUUUCGCGUGGAGAGCUACAGUGCUGUGGUGCUACAACGUUGAACGAGUACAGGCAGAUCGAGAAAGAUGUCGCACUAGCAAGAAGGUUUCAGCCAAUUCUAGUCGGUGAGCCGUCAGUGCAGGACACGAUCAGCAUUCUUCGUGGCAUCAAGGAGAGAUACGAGGUCCACCAUGGAGUACGAAUUACUGAUGGAGCUCUCGUUGCCGCCGCUACGUAUAGCAAUCGCUACAUCAGCGAUCGCUUUCUACCAGAUAAAGCCAUUGAUCUGAUGGAUGAAGCCGCAUCAGCACUCCGACUUCAACAAGAGAGCAAACCAGAUGCCAUACAAGAGUUGGACAGGCAGAUUAUGACCAUCCAGAUCGAACUUGAGUCACUUCGGAAAGAGACUGAUAUUGUGAGCAAGGAGCGACGCGAAAAGCUGGAGGAGACGCUCAAGAAAAAACAAAGCGAAGCCAGUGUCCUCAUGGAGAAAUGGGAGAAAGAACGUCAAGAGAUUGAAGAAAUCAAGGAGGUAAAGGCCAAGAUUGAAAAGGCCCGAUUCGACCUUGAGCAAGCUCGUCGUGAAGGCGACUUUGCCAAAGCUGGUGAACUGCAGUAUCAAACAAUACCCGAGUUGCAGAAGAGGCUCCCUAAGGACGGCGAGCGGACAUCGGAUUCGCUGCUUCAUGAUAGUGUAACGGCCGAUGAUAUUGCUGCGGUGGUCAGUCGCACGACUGGCAUUCCCGUGACCAAGCUUAUGAGUGGUGAAAUCGAAAAGCUCGUCAACAUGGAAGAGACGCUUCGUCAAUCCAUUCGAGGCCAAGACGAAGCACUGACAGCAGUUGCUAAUGCUGUGCGGAUGCAGCGCGCAGGCUUGAGCGGUGAAAAUCGGCCACUUGCUAGUUUCAUGUUCCUUGGUCCUACUGGUGUGGGAAAGACGGAGUUGUGCAAAAAGAUGGCGAAUUUCUUGUUCUCUACAGAGCAAGCAGUCAUUAGAUUCGAUAUGAGCGAGUUUCAGGAGAAGCACACCGUGUCGAGGUUGAUCGGCUCUCCCGCUGGCUACGUCGGCUACGAAGACGCAGGCCAACUUACUGAAGCAGUCCGGCGUAAGCCCUAUGCAGUCAUACUUUUCGACGAAUUUGAAAAGGGUCAUAGGGAUAUAUCUGCGCUGCUGCUCCAAGUUUUGGACGAAGGAUUCCUCACAGACGCGCAGGGCCACAAGGUGGAUUUCAGGAACACUAUUAUCGUCCUCACUUCGAACCUGGGCGCGGACGUCAUCCUUGGUGAGGAUCAGCUGCAUACCAGUCACGAAGUUAGCACAUCAGAUGGGCAAAUCGCGCCGCAUAUCAAGCAAAGCGUCAUGGACAUUGUCCAUCGCUCAUACCCACCCGAAUUUUUGAAUCGCAUAGACGAAUUCAUCAUCUUCAACCGUCUGAGCAAGACUGCGCUUAGAGAUAUUGUUGACAUCAGGCUCAGGGAGCUGCAGAGCAGGCUAGAUGAUCGCAGGAUCACCCUUGAGGUUCCAGACGAGGUCAAGACUUGGCUGUGCGACCGAGGCUACGACCCAAGAUUCGGUGCUAGACCGUUAAACCGACUGAUCAGCAAGGAGAUUGGAAACAGUCUUGCUGACAGCAUCAUUAGGGGAAAGGUGAAGAGUGGUGAUACCGCCUUGGUCAAAAUAAAAGAGGACGGCAACGGCUUGGAAGUUCAGUUAAAGUGA